GUAGCUUGUCUGUGUUAGACCUCUCAGGUUCAACAGAAGUCUGAAUCGGCUAGAACUCGCACUUCACAAACGCGACUGGGCUUAGUGUUGAAAAUUACAGAUUAUUGAGUAGUAGAAAAAACCAGCGAAAGGGAGGUACGUUUUGGUGUCGAAAUUCAAGUGAAUCAGGGCCAUGGAAAUCGAGGGGGAAAACGGUUCCAAAACCCAGUUGAAGAAGGGACUGAAAACAGAGCUCGGAAGAGGAUUAGGGUUCGAUUCAAGAGACCGAACCGUUUCUCGUCGACACGUGUCGUUCGAACCAAAGAACACAGGCAGGGUUCAUUUCGAAGUCAUUGGAAGGAAUCCCAUUUGGGUAAAAGGCAGCAGGAGUGAUGAAAUUAGGGUCUUCAGGAGGUGGGAGGGAGGUGAAAUUGAAGAUGGGGACAUGUUCUGUGUUUCUGCGAAGAAACCCAUUUGGUUUGCUGCGAAAAUAUUGGAACUUGGUGAAGGGGAAGACGAGAGAGCGGCUGGAAACGAGAGAGAAUUGGAUGAGGGAAUAGAGAGUGGAUGUGGGUUGAGAAGUGUUGGAGAGUUGGGGCUGGAUUCUGGUGAUGUUUCAGGCAUUGACCCAGUAAAAGAGUUUGGCUUUCUUGUAAUGGGGCAAGAGUUCAAUCACUUCCCCAAACAAAUGAUCCGUCACACGAAAACUUGGAACUGGUUCCUCGAGGAACCUAACGAACACAGCGAUGAUGAUGAAGUUUCUGACAAGAAAGGUAAGAAAGGGUUAAGGAGAAAAAGGAAAAAGGAUGAAGGCAAUGAUGAUGAUGAGUGGACGGGGGAGAGUGAAGAGGACAAGGAAGCACUUACAAAAGUAAGAAAGGUGUGGAACCCAAAAUACUCUACUAGAUCGAAAGACCAUGACAAACCUACUAAGGACACAGGAAUUAACAAACAUUCUGUCAAAAAGAGAACUUUCGAUACAAAUGAAGAAGAUGAGGAAAAUAAAGACGAUGAUGCCCUGGGAGGCUUUAUCGUUGAAAAUGAUGACAUGGAGGAGGAGGAGGAGGAGGAGGAGGAGGAAGAAGAAGAAGAAGAAGAAGAAGAAGGAGAAGACAACGACGACGAAGUAGAUUAAGAAGAAGAUUGGGAUUGGUGGAGUAUGUUCCAUUUAUUUUUUUCUAGGAGGGAUGGAAACGUUUUUUAUUUUUUCUGGGAGGGAUGGGAAUGUUGCUUUGUCGGGUUUGAGAUUGUCGCAGGUAUGUAAAUACUCUGGUGAUGGAUGUUUUGUACAAUACAAACUUGGAAAGUUAUUUUGUGUUUCGUAUAAUAUACUGUGUACCUGUACCAUACUUCUACUUCCAUCUUGACUUAAAUCAUUUUCAAUUUUCCGG